UGGUAGGACUCCCUCGCGGGCUGCGUGGGGCUCACCGAGCCCAGGAACGCAGGUUUGCGGGGCAGGAACGCACAGUCCCGGGGCCGGGGCCGCCGCGUGCCGAGAUGGCGGCGAGAUGGAGCAGCGAGAACGUGGUGGUGGAAUUCCGCGACUCCCAGGCGACCGCAAUGUCCGUGGACUGUCUGGGGCAGCAUGCUGUGCUCUCCGGCCGCCGAUUCUUAUACAUCGUUAAUCUAGAUGCCCCUUUCGAAGGUCACCGAAAGAUCUCUCGCCAGAGCAAGUGGGACAUUGGAGCUGUGCAGUGGAAUCCUCACGACAGCUUCGCACACUAUUUUGCAGCUUCGAGUAACCAACGGGUCGACCUUUAUAAGUGGAAAGAUGGCAGUGGGGAAGUUGGCACAACCUUACAAGGCCACACUCGUGUAAUCAGCGACUUGGACUGGGCAGUGUUUGAGCCAGAUUUCCUGGUUACCAGCUCUGUGGACACGUACAUCUACAUUUGGGAUAUCAAGGACACAAGGAAGCCUACCGUUGCGCUGUCUGCUGUAGCGGGUGCCUCACAGGUCAAGUGGAAUAAAAAAAAUGCUAAUUGCCUCGCCACCAGUCAUGAUGGGGAUGUGCGGAUAUGGGACAAGCGGAAACCCAGCACCGCUGUGGAGUACCUCGCAGCCCACCUCUCCAAAAUCCAUGGCCUGGACUGGCACCCAGACAUCGAGCACAUUCUUGCUACCUCUAGCCAAGACAACUCGGUCAAGUUCUGGGAUUACCGCCAGCCUCGGAAAUACCUCAGUAUUCUCCCUUGCCAGGUGCCUGUCUGGAAGGCCAGGUACACGCCUUUCAGCAAUGGGUUGGUGACUGUGAUGGUUCCCCAGCUGCGGAGGGAAAACAGUCUUCUCUUGUGGAACGUCUUUGACUUGAACACCCCAGUGCACACCUUUGUGGGUCACGAUGACGUAGUGCUGGAGUUCCAGUGGAGAAAACAGAAGGAGGGGUCCAAGGACUACCAGCUGGUCACGUGGUCACGGGAUCAGACCUUGAGAAUGUGGCGGGUGGAUUCCCAGAUGCAGAGGCUUUGUGCAAAUGACAUAUUAGAUGGUGUUGACGAGUUCAUUGAGAGCAUUUCUCUUCUGCCGGAACCAGAGAAGACCCUUCACACUCAGGAUGCGGAUCACCAGCACAACUCAGGCCAUGGGGAGGAGGAAGUCUUAAAGGAAGACCCCCUGAGCAGUAUCCUGGAGGAGAAGAAGUCAGAUCAGCUGGGACUGCCUCAGACUCUGCAGCAGGAGUUCUCCCUGAUCAAUGUGCAGAUCCGGAAUGUCAACGUGGAGAUGGACGCGGCAGACAGGAGCUGCACGGUAUCCGUGCACUGCAGUGGCCACCGUGUCAAGAUGCUGGUCAAGUUCCCCGCGCAGUACCCCAACAAUGCCGCCCCUUCCUUCCAGUUUAUCAACCCCACCACCAUCACGUCCACAAUGAAAGCCAAGCUGCUGAAGAUCCUGAAAGACACUUCGCUGCAAAAAGUGAAGCGCAACCAGAGUUGUUUGGAGCCCUGCCUGCGCCAGCUCGUCUCCUGCCUUGAGUCUUUUGUGAACCAAGAAGACAGCACUUCCAGCAACCCCUUUGCGCUCCCAAACUCCGUCACUCCACCCUUACCAACGUUUGCCCGGGUGACCACUGCCUAUGGGUCAUACCAGGAUGCCAACAUUCCCUUCCCUAGGACCUCGGGGGCCAGGUUCUGUGGAGCAGGGUAUCUGGUGUAUUUCACACGGCCUAUGAUGAUGCAUCGAGCAGUGUCUCCGACAGAACCGACUCCGAGGUCUCUGUCAGCCUUGUCUGCUUACCAUACUGGCUUGAUAGCACCAAUGAAGAUCCGCACAGAGGCCCCUGGGAAUCUUCGUUUGUACAGCGGGAGCCCCACUCGCAGUGAGAAAGAGCAGGUCUCCAUCAGCUCCUUCUAUUACAAGGAGCGGAUGUCUCCUCGCUCUGCCCGGCGACGUUGGUCCAUACAAGCAAUUAACGACUUCCCGAAAUCCAGGAGAUGGAAAAGCAAACGUGAGGGAUCGGACUCCGGCAAUCGACCCAUCAAGGCUGCUGGGAAGGUUAUCAUCCAGGACACCGCAUGCCUUCUUCCUGUUCACAAGUCACUGGGAGAACUGUACAUAUUGAAUGUGAAUGAUAUUCAAGAAACAUGUCAGAAGAAUGCCACUUCCGCCUUGCUCGUGGGAAGAAAGGAUCUCGUCCAGGUUUGGUCGCUGGCUACAGUUGCUACAGAUCUUUGCCUUGGACCAAAGUCUGACCCAGAUUUGGAAACGCCCUGGGCUCGACAUCCAUUCGGGCGACAGCUGCUGGAGUCCUUGUUGGCUCAUUACUGCCGACUCCGGGACGUCCAGACACUGGCCAUGCUGUGCAGCGUGUUUGAAGCCCAGUCUCGGCCCCAGGGAAUACCAAACCCCUUCGGACCCUUUCCCACCCGGCCCUCUAACCUCGUGGUGUCCCACAGCCGAUAUCCUAGCUUUACUUCCUCGGGCUCCUGCUCAAGCAUGUCAGACCCAGGGCUCAACACUGGUGGCUGGAACAUAGCGGGAAGGGAGGUAGAACAUGUGUCUUCACCUUGGGGAGAGUCUUCUCCAGAAGAAAUCCGCUUUGGGAGUCUUACCUACAGUGAUCCUCGUGAGCGAGAACGUGACCAGCAUGAUAAAAAUAAAAGGCUUCUGGACCCUGCCAAUACGCAGCAAUUUGAUGACUUUAAGAAAUGCUAUGGAGAAAUCCUCUAUCGCUGGGGGCUGAGAGAGAAACGAGCUGAGGUGCUGAAGUUUGUCUCCUGUCCUCCUGAUCCUCACAAAGGGAUCGAGUUUGGCGUGUACUGCAGCCACUGUCGGAGUGAGGUCCGUGGCACGCAGUGUGCCAUCUGCAAAGGCUUCACAUUCCAGUGUGCCAUCUGCCACGUGGCCGUGCGUGGGUCGUCCAAUUUCUGCCUGACCUGCGGUCAUGGGGGCCACACCAGCCACAUGAUGGAGUGGUUUCGGACCCAGGAGGUGUGUCCCACCGGGUGUGGAUGCCACUGUCUGCUUGAAAGCACAUUCUGAACUACAGACCUUGGGAGUUGUCACAAAUCCCAGAGGACCCCCUAAAUGCCGGACGACAAGUUCUCUACCAGGAGAGAGGCUCCCGAGCCCAUUCCCAACUAUACUGGGAUGUGUUCCCCUCAGAGACUGCCGCACAUCAGCUGUUCACGGGCUUUUGCUUCCUUCCAUGUGGCUGUUGAUGGCAGGGAUGUCACUGGGCAGCAGAGCAGAUGUGCAGAGCCUCAUAGCCGGGUGGGAAAUUUUCUUGAAGGAAAGCACCUGGCUCCAGAGCCAUGUUUACCUUUAAGGUGUUAACCUUAAAGCACUGAACAGCAUCCUUUCUGAUGCCAUUUCAGACCAAGAUGGGAUGCAGAGGACGGUCUCCUGAGCCAAAGGACGAUGGACAUUAACUUAGUUGACAGUGGGCCUGUGAUAUAAACUGGUACAUUUAAUGGACUGAUGGAUAGUGGCCUUUUAAAAAUGAUACUUAAAUUAUAAAUUUAUGAUGUACCUAAGGAGUCUAAAGAUGUCUCUUUUGUUUGUUAUUUCUCUUUAAGCUGCUCUUCCUUGGCUAAUAAAAUUCAGGUUAUUGUUUGGGGGAAAAACAAAGAAGAUUGAACAAUGUUUUAGUGAAAUUGUUUCUACCCUGCUUCUAAUUCUAAGUCAACUCUUUUGGAUAGGACCAAAGUCAGUGCUCAGAUUUUCAAAGGAAAUGCUGAUUUACUCUUGUCUUCUAAUAGAAAAUAAAAUUUGACAUUGAAAUCUC